AUGGCUGGUGAGCCGGGCGUGAACACCGCCGUCGACGAGCUGGACAAGUUCAAUGCGGAAAGCAUCAUUGUGAUUGUCUGCACCGCUCUCGGCCUCUACAACGCGCUCGAGCUCCUCCUCCUCAUCUACCUAAUCUUCAAGCGCAAGCAUGGCCUCUACUACUGGAGCAUGCUGAUCGCCACCUUUGGGCUAAUUCCCUACUCCGUCGGGCGGCUGAUGGUCUACUUCGGUCUCUCCAAUGAAGUCGCCGCCGUCCUCAUCGACAACAUCGGCUGGAUGCUUAUGGUGUCCGGGCAGUCCUUCGUGCUAUACAGCCGGCUACACCUGGUGCUACAUAGCCCGCGGAUCCUGCGGGUGGUGCUGUGGAUCAUCAUCCUCGACGCCGUGAUCUUGCAUACGACGACUACGGUUGUGUCGCAUGUUAGUAAUCUCACGGAUACGGGGAGGGGCUUUGCGGACGCGUAUAAGGUUAUUGAGAAGAUACAGAUGACGAUUUUCUGCAUGCAGGAGCUUGGGAUUUCGGGGCUGUACGUGUGGAAGACGGUCGAUAUCCUAAGGACCACACUCACGCAGAAUGCGCGCAAUAUUAUGAAGCAACUUUUUGGCAUCAAUGUGUUGAUUAUAUUGAUGGAUAUCGCACUGCUGGCUCUGGAAUACAGGAACGUGACGGUGUAUCAACAAAGCUUUAAGGGGGUCGUAUAUAGCGUCAAGCUCAAGCUGGAGUUCGCGGUGCUCAACCAGCUGGUCGAGGUUGUGCGGCCGGGUGGUGGCAUGGGAUCACAAAGCACAGCUGAGGGACCAGAGUUUGCGGAUCUGUCGAGAAGUCGAAGCGAUCUACACGCCGAACCCAAGCCGGAGAAGCAUCACAGGUCAUUCUGGUACAGCAAACAGGGCGCCACGCAAUCAGAGAAGGUCACCUCUCCGCCAGAGUCACCCUCCACGCAAGAUCCGCCUUUCAUCCUCGGGCCAACAUUUUCGCCGAUACGGACGCCAGCAGGCCCAAAUGAGCUCGAAGAGGACGGGAUUCUCGAUGUGAGCACCAGCACGGAGACGUCAAAAGAGCUAAGCACAACCCGGCCGAGAGCGAGUCUCGAGUCCGAAGAUGCGGACUCGGAGCAGAUGUAUAUGCGAGCGAUGCGGCAAAUAUCGCAUCCCCAGUAG